UUAGGAAGGCGGUGGUGUGGCGAUGGCUUCGCAGAUUGCGGCGGCGGCGGGGAGGACGGUGACGGCGGCGAGGAAGCAAGCGGUGAGCUUGACGGAGGCGGCGGCGUCUAGGAUACGGCAGCUGCUGGAGCAGCGGCAACAGCCGUAUCUGAAGCUUGGGGUCAAGUCGCGUGGCUGCAACGGGUUGUCGUAUACUCUGAAUUACGCCGAUGAUAAAGGAAAGUUCGACGAGUUGGUUGAAGAUAAAGGCGUGAAGAUAUUGAUCGAUCCAAAGGCUCUGAUGCAUGUGAUUGGAACCAAGAUGGAUUUUGUUGAUGACAAACUCAGGUCUGAGUUUAUAUUUAUCAAUCCCAACUCAAAAGGACAAUGCGGCUGUGGUGAAUCUUUCAUGACAACUGGUAGUACUGGAGCUACUAAGCAGAGCAGCUCCUAAGCAAUUAUGGCCAACUUGCGAUGAGCGAAAUACUUUGACUAACAACUUUUGUCCUGUUGGUGGCAUGUGAUAAUCACCGCCGAAAUAGUUCUCAAAUUCAUCAUCUUUGUAAACAAGUUGAUUCCAGGUGUUAACAUAUACCAGUAGUAUUUGUGCUUAUUGAAUUGUAUGAAACUUCUGUUA